AUGGGAGAGUCCGGUAAGGGCACCUUCGGGCCCGGCACUGUGAAGAGAACAGGCAUUGCCUUGAUUGUGCUUACUUCAGUCGUCAUUGGGAUACGGUUUAUUGGGUCUAUUCGGAGUCUCAAGGAUCUCAGGGCUGAGGAUUAUUUGCUCUUCGUGGCUUAUUUGUUCUUCUUGACGUUGAGCAUUCUUUACAUCUAUAUUGCUCCUGUUAUCUUCCGGCUGGCUGCCGUUGGGUCCGGGUCGAUUCCUCCCUAUGCGACGUUUAUGGAAGAUGCGGAGAAAUUGCAGAUUACCUUCUUUGUCACCACAUCCUCGCUAUGGCUUACUCUGUGGAUGACCAAGUUCUCGCUUUUGGCGAUGUAUAAGCGGUUGUUGGUUGGGAAGCAGUACCUCCUCGCAUGGUGGAUUAUCACAGGCGCCUGCACUCUGUUCAUCAUCGGCUGCAUUCUCUCGUCCUGGUUCUCAUGCUCGAGUUUCCACGCCUGGUUCACCGCAGGCGAAUGCAGCACCCCGCGGGAUAAACACGCCGCCGUCGUUAGUCUGUACUUUGCAUACGCAGCGGACAUCGUCACCGAUCUAGCAAUCAUGAUCCUCCCCAUCCGCCUGAUCUGGAACCUGCAGAUGCGACUGCGCCAAAAGCUCAGCAUCGGCGGUCUCUUCUGCUUCGGCUGGAUCUGCAUCAUCAUCUCCACCAUCCGCGUCGUCCAACUCGGCGAUACCGAAAACGGCACUCCAGCCCCGUCUUGGCUAGCGCUAUGGGGAACGAUCGAGGCAGCAAUCGCCGUCAUAAUCGGCUGCUGCCCCGGCCUCUACCGCGUCCUCAAAUCCACCCUCCCUUCCAAGACAUCCUAUCAAUAUGGCUCGUACAAUCAGCGCGGUCGUGGCACCGGCAUGCCGUCGCACCGGUCUGGUCGGUUUGGAGAACAGGAUAUUGCGCUGCAUAGCUUCUCGGGGAAGGUCGAGGCGUAUCAGUCGACGAGUGCGUACCGGUCGACUAGCCCGGCGAGCAGUCAGGAGAAAUUGACGCAUUCGUGUGGGAAGGGGAAUAUCAUGGUUAAUUAUGGUGUCGCUGUGACUGUUGAGGAUCGGUCGAGCGAUUAUACGCGGACUACACCUGGGAGUGUUUGA